UUCGUUUUUUAGGCGUUCGAUUUUCGAUAAGAUAAGUCAAAACCACCAUAAAAAUUAAAUAAAAGCGCCAAAACGAUCCGCAAAAGCUCUGCCAGAAACGGACGGUGCACGUUUCAGUCCCAAGCUGACGGCCAGUAGUUAGUACUCAUCCGUACCGCUUCCAAAAUAUCAGGCCCGGCCGAGCAGGGGCAUUUGUCAUCCCACUACUUCUAAAAAAUGAGUUCCAGCGAUGACGAUAAUGAAUCUAUCAUUGAGCAACUGCAACAAUCCGUGCAGAGCAUUGUGGAUAAGACCGGACCCAAUAGCAAGUUUGCGCAAGAUCUGCUUCGCAGGAUUAGCGAGCUACAGUCGAAAAUGGAAUCCCUUACCGAUUCUGAUCGACACAGAUUUAUUUCUGAGAUGAAGGGCUCUUUUCAGGAGGCCAUUGCUCGCAUUGACCGACGCCUCACGCAGCACGCAAACUUUGCGCAGACCUAUUCUACCUCUAUUGUGGCAGCUGUGAUAUUUAUUGUGGUCUCAAUAUUCGCGCUCUUCGGGUAUAAGCUGUACAAAUCGCUUACAGAAAAGCAAAUCAAGAAGCAGGAAAAACUUAAGAGCAAACAGCAAAAGAAGGCGAAAAAGUCCAACUAAGGCUGCAGCUGCAAGUGGAGAGGCGCUAAUUAGCUUGUAAAGAUUUCGGUUAUUUGCAAUAGUUUGGACGUCAAGGACGCACAAGAGAUUCUUCCAGUAAAUUCAAAAGGCUCCAACCAUAUACAAAACUGUUAAUCAAGAUGAAGCCUUUGUAAAUUACAAAAUUCCAUGUUACUUAAUUCACAUUAAUCAAUAUACAAUAUAUACCAAAAUUUUAAA